UGUCAAUUUGAGUUUGAUAUUUAGAAUUCUUCAAAUCUUCCUUAUUGUCUACAUUAAUUUCAUUGCGAAAAUUAAUAAAUUUAUUUAAUUGUGAUCACUUUUAUAAUGGAUUAUCAAAGUAGGCAAUUAGCCGAAGACUUUUUUUUACGAGAACCCGUUGAUGCUCGUAUAAGGAAACCCAAAGAUGAUACAAAGGAAGAGAGCCACCCUAAUCUUAAGGUGGAGAUGCAAACCAUCCGUCUUAAUUCUGACUCUCAGAAGCUGGUGCUGGAUACAUUGAGGUAUAUCCAUGGCCCUGACUUCAAGCUGGAUAGUGCUAGUCUUUAUAAAGAUAAAGGUACAAAUCUCAGUAACCGUUACUGGAUGGAGCGUGGUAACUUAGUGGUGCGAGGAGGAUGUGACUACUCGUUGAAUGUGAAACCAGAUAUAGAGACUUCUGAGGCCAGGCUGAGAGCUUUUGCAUUAGCAAAGCUAGAGAAAUAUAACUUCCUAAAACCUCAUUGUGCUGAAGCAUUAGAACUAGCUGCCGAAAAUGUGGAUAAAGCAUUAGAAAUAUUAUUUUAUAAAUAUUUCAAAGUGGAUCCACAGGACAAGCCCAAUGAUGUACCAUCAAUAGCUGAAUUAUUAGAAAUGAGAAUGGAUGAGAGGGCAGUGCUUGAAUCAAUUUAUGACACAAGUUUUAAAAUCAAAGAAAAUGAUGUAUGGUCUGUUAAAUUGAAUCUAGAUUAUAUAACAAAGCAAUAUGAAAAUAAAGAUGUCGAACUGCCGAAAAAGACGCACAAUAUACAUUACAAUAAAAAUUACAAUAGUAAUAUUAAACCAAAAUCUAAAGAGGUGUGUAAACUUUACUUAAAAAGCCCUUGUAGAUUUGGUGAUAAAUGUAAGUUUUUACAUGAAAACAAAGUUCAAGAAAUUAAAACAAAAGAUAUUGUUAAAGAAAGUGAAAAGAUUACUUAUGAAUUAGAGAUAAGAUUUCCAGAAGACACUGCAUAUCCAUACCAACCUCCAUUGUUGUUUUUCAAACCUGAGAUUCCUACGAAAACUAUACCUGAAUUAGCAUGUUUAAAGAUAACAGCAAAAUUAUUGGAGGAGGCCAAGACUUUGGCUCAAGAUGGUAUCCCUAGUAUUUACUCAUUAGUUGAAUUACUUAAUAAUGAAGAUGAAAUAUUGAAUUUUCUUAAAUUUGAUACAAGAACAUUUCCUGCUCUUUCUGAUACUCUAUUUCCUCAGUUAUUAGAAAAUCCCAAUUCACAUAAAGAGAAUUUACCAUCUCAUUAUAAGAAAGGCCAAGAUAAAAAUAAUAGGAACAAUGUUAAUUUUGAAGAAAUAUUAAAAGAAAACAAAGAAAUAGCUAAAAGAUGGCUUGACAAAAGGGAUAAUAGUAGGUACAAUAAAAUGAUGGCGGACAGAAGAAAACUUCCAGCUUGGAAGAUGAAAAAUGACAUAUUGAAUGCAAUUAAAAAAUCGCAGGUUAUUGUCAUUACUGGAGAAACAGGUUGCGGUAAAAGUACACAAGUGCCCCAAUAUAUUCUAGACGAUUGGUUAGCAAAUUUUAACAAAGAUGGUCCUGAGCAUGCAGAGAUUAUAUGCACGCAGCCGAGAAGAAUAUCAGCUAUUGGUGUUGCUGACAGAGUAGCAGAUGAAAGGGUAGAAAAAACUGGCCAAAUUGUGGGUUACCAGAUAAGAUUAGAAAGUAAAGUGUCAUCAAAGACACGUUUAACGUUUUGUACUACUGGUAUAUUGUUACGUAGAUUAGAAUACGACCCACAGUUGAAGUCCGUCACUCAUAUAUUGGUCGAUGAAGUUCACGAGAGGUCAGAAGAGAGUGAUUUCCUUUUAUUCAUCCUAAGGGACCUUAUCAAAGUAAGAAAAGACUUGACUGUUAUACUAAUGAGUGCGACAUUGAACGCCGAGUUGUUUUCGGAUUACUUUGACAAAGUUCCAGUUUUGGAGAUACCCGGUAGAACAUUUCCAGUGGAGCAACUGUUCCUAGAAGAUAUUAUGGAAAUUACAAACUAUGUUCUAGAAGAAAAUGGUCCUUAUGCACGUAAAACGAAAAAAGGGGAUAAAGACAAGAGGCAAGACUUAGAAACUGAAUUGGAGACGUGUGAUGUCCGCGCUGAGUCCAACGAACCCCCAAAGCAGUCAAUACGAGAUGAGAACUUAAGUGUCGCGCAAGUUAUAGCUCGGUACCCACGCUGUAGUAAAACGACUUGUAAGAACCUACAUCUUAUGGAUACUGAGAAGAUAAAUCUGGAUUUAGUGGAACAUGUCUUGACAUACAUAGUGAACGGUGACCACAAGUGGCCAAGAGAGGGCGCUAUAUUAAUAUUCUUACCUGGAAUAGCUGAAAUUAUGUCCUUACAUGACCAGUUAGCCAAUAGCCCAAUAUUUAGUCGCAAAAAAGGCAACUAUUUAUUAGUGCCUCUACAUUCCACAUUGUCAAGUGAGGAGCAAUCACUUGUAUUUAAGAAACCCCAGGCUGGAGUACGCAAGAUUGUACUGUCGACUAAUAUAGCGGAGACAUCUGUCACUAUAGACGACUGCGUGUUUGUUAUAGACUGUGGUAGAAUGAAGGAGAAACGGUUCGAUUCUAACCGCAACAUGGAAUCUCUCGAUCUAGUUUGGGUGUCUCGUGCAAACGCCAAACAGCGGCGCGGUCGGGCGGGUCGUGUUAUGCCCGGCGUUUGCGUCCAUUUGUACACAUCUCACAGAUACAACUACCAUAUAUUGGAGCAGCCGGUACCAGAAAUACAUAGGAUACCCCUCGAACAAUUACUGCUGAAAGUGAAAAUAUUACCAUUGUUUAAAAAUAUGAGUGUACAUGAAGUUUUAGGAAAAACGAUAGAACCGCCAUCGAAAUCAAACAUAGAUGGCGCUCUCUCUCGGUUGCAAGAUGUGGGUGCGUUAGACAAGAGUUUCGCCCUUACUGCGCUCGGAAAACAUUUAGCCGCUCUGCCUGUUGACGUUCGGAUAGGCAAGCUAAUGCUGUUCGGUGCCAUAUUCUGUUGUGUGGACUCGGCUUUAACUAUGGCGGCUUGUUUGAGUUAUAAAAGUCCGUUUGUCGCGCCUUUCGGCAAAAAGUCGGAGGCCGAUGCUAAGCGACGGGAGUUCGCGUGUUCUAAUAGCGAUCAACUGACCACUUUGAAAGCCUAUAGGAAAUGGCAGCAGGCAAUGAAAAAUAGUACGCAUGCAGCCUUAACAUUCGCCAACGAGAAUUAUCUAUCGCAUAAGACGUUGUUGAUGCUGGCCGAUAUAAAACACCAAUUGUUGGGCUUGUUGGCCUCUAUAGGAUUCGUACCUGACAUGCCAGACUUGAGACGGAAGAUGAGGAAGGACUCUGUUGCCAAUCUUACCGGAGAAGAGCUAAACACAAAUGGUAAUAACGACAAAUUGUUGGCGGCAAUUUUGUGCGCUGCCUUAUACCCAAAUGUUGUAAAGGUGUUAACCCCCGAGAAGUCGUUCCACAUGCAAGCGGGCGGUGCGAUACCGCGCCAACCGACUGCGGACGAGUUGAAGUUCAAGACAAAGUCGGACGGUUACGUGGCAUUGCAUCCUUCUUCCAUAAACUCCAACGUGGGCUACUUCGCGAGCCCCUACCUGGUGUACCAGGAAAAGGUGAAGACGUCGAGGGUCUUCAUCAGGGAGUGUUCCAUGGUGCCCCAGUUGCCAUUGGUGCUGUUCUCUGGUCGCAACCUGUCCGUGGAACUGCAUAAUGGUACUUUUAUAGUGUCACUAGAAGACGGGUGGAUAAUGUUCCAAGUUGAACAGCACGAGGUUGCCGAAAUGCUAAAAACAAUAAGGGUAGAACUGAUUAAUCUUCUAGAAGAGAAGAUAAACGAUCCGAGCCUCAAUUUAUUACAUUACGAGAAGGGAAAUAGAAUAAUAAAGACCAUUGUACAAGUAAUUAGUAACGAUUAACACUAAUUCCUAUAAUUAUUUUGUCGUACGGGAGGGGGGGGGGUGAAGACUAAAUAUGAGUGAGUGAACAUGCACAUUCAUAUAAGAAAACGAAUCGUUAUGUGCAUGUGUGCAUGAACACAAACAUAACUAUAUAAUAUUUAUAAAUAAUCUGUCUUAACGUCCACUACCCAAAAGUCGUAUGCAAGAGAUUGUCUUGUAAUAAGACCGUCUUUUGUAUUACUUUUAUUAUUUAUUUUUGUAACUGUUGUGAUAAAAUGUAAAUACAUAAUAAUAAUAAUAACAUAAUAACAUAAAAAAUCAUCAUCAUCAUAUCAGCCAUCACCUGUCCAUUGGUGAACAUAAGCCUUUUCUAUAGGAACUGGCUCAUUCCUUAUGGCAGUUUACCAUUACUGAGAUUUUGCCAAUAGUUACCAUGCUUGGCAGGCGAAUUAGCGACCGUAGUUUGGCUUUUACUGAUAUUUUAAGAGGGACACUGCUGCCCAUAUUUCGACCAUGAAAUUCCCUUAGUUUCACUCACGGGAAAGGAAGGGGUGGCCUAUUCUAUGUCUAGACCCUUUCAAAUAGGAAAUAAAUUAUUUCUCAUCACAAGAGCUUAAUUAGAUGACGCAACUGUAUUUAGCAUGUUUGUAUUUCUAAAUUAGUUUCCAUAGAGCUUUAUUUGACUUUGUAAAAGUUGUUAGUAAAGAUUAGUACUAAUAUACCUAAAAGUUUGCUAUACGAGAGUCGAGGCUAAAAAUUAAUAUGUGACUGACUAUGUACACAAUCAUACCGCAUUAUGAAAACUUAUGUACACUCACAAAAAUAAUUCAAUUAAAUAUCAUCACAACCACAAUUUUGUACAAGUUUUUUUUUAUAAUCUUUUUUAUUUAGAGGCUUUUAUCCUAUAAGGAUAUGUCAGCCUCAUCAUACCCUUAUUUUAUAAAAUACGUCGCAUACUUAAAACAUUGAUACAUAAAUAAAUAAUACAUAAUAUCUUAGAAGUCUAUUUUGAUAAAGGGAAUUAUUGAUACAAAAAUAUAGUAAUUAAAGAUUUUGCCAUUCCGGAAUGUGGUUCUGCGAGUAUAUUUGAAAAUAAACCAAUCUCAUGUCUAUUGACACUAUAUUUUGUACAAGUUAUUAAUAAAGAUUCAACAAUAAUCUUGUUGUACCAAUGUCAAGGAUAAAUAUUAUACAAUGAAAACUUACGUGCACACACAUCAAUCAUAUCAGCUUUUAACUAUCCACUGCUGAACACAACUCCCCCUUGGGAGGUUUUGCCACUAGUUGCCACGCUUGGUAGGCGGGUUGGCGAACGUAGUUAGGCUUUAGAUAUUUUUUAAGAGGGACGAUGCUGCCUAUCCCUCGCCCCCCCCCCCCACCCCCUAGUCAAUUCUUACGACACCAACGGAAAUGUAGAGGUGAUCUAUUCUACGCCGGGACCACACGGCUCGUGCACACACAAACAUCACUAAUUCGUCAUCGUAACUACAAUUUUAUUGUAUGUGUAAAUUUUUAGCUUUAAAUUACAUAUAAUAGAGUCCAAUCGACUGAAUUAUAAAUGUUUUGUUAUUAAAUUAAAUAUUUAAGAUUUUAUUGGUCCUAUUGUAAUUAUUACUGUCGGAUUUACUUAUGUAUUAAAUUUGUGAUUGAAAUAGA